AUGGGCGUUCCAUCUACUCCGGCGUCAAAUGCCAUUAUUUACCUCACUUAUGGAGCUUUCUUAGUCGUCGGAUGCUAUAUUGCAUGGCGUCUGCGACAUCAAUCAAAGACUGAGUGGUUGUCGAGCAACCGUACACAGAAGGGCGUUCCGCUCGCUCUCAAUUUCAUUGCCGCGUGUGAGUGCACCCGUGCAUCAGCGCGUCUAUGCGCGUGA